UCUACCACUUGUGAAUUUUUGUUUUCUACAGCUCUCAUUUCUCCAAAAAUGUGUUUGAGCCACUUGGAAAAUAUGCCUUUAAGCCAUUCAAGAACUCAAGGAGCUCAGAGAUUAUCCUGGAAGCUGUGGCUCUUUUGCUCAGUAGUUGUGUUGCUAUUUCUUUGUUCCUUCAGUUGGCUUAUCUUUAUUUUUCUCCAACUAGAGCAGACUGCUAAAGAGCCCUGUAUGGCUAAGUUUGGACCAUUACCCUCAAAAUGGCAAAUGGCACCUUCUGAACCUCCUUGCGUGAAUAAGGUGUCUGAUUGGAAGCUGGAGAUACUUCAGAAUGGCUUAUAUUUAAUUUAUGGCCAAGUGGCUCCCAAUGCAAACUACAAUGAUGUAGCUCCUUUUGAGGUGCGGCUGUAUAAAAACAAAGACAUGAUACAAAAUCUAACAAACAAAUCUAACAUCCAAAAUGUAGGAGGGACUUAUGAGUUGCAUAUUGGGGAUACCAUAAACUUGAUAUUCAACUCGGAGCAUCAGGUUCUAAAAAAUAAUACAUACUGGGGUAUCAUUUUACUAGCAAAUCCCCAAUUCAUUUCCUAGAGACUUGAUUUGAUCUCAUUCUCUUCAGCACAUGCAGAGGUGCCAGUGGGUGGACUGGAGGGAGAAGAUUUUCAAUUUCUAGAGUUUGUCUGUCUACAAAAAUCAACACAAACAGAACUCCUCUGGAUGUGAAUUUUCAUCUACGAUGCUUAUUCGAAAAAGUCUCAGAGGAAGAGCCAAAGACUUUUGAUUGGAUCUACAGAGAUACUUUAUUAAUCCAUGAUAAAAUGAAUAUGGAUGACAGAGGACAGGUGCUUUUCAAAGAAUCUUUGUCUAAUUCUCAAAUUCAUGAGUGGAAAAAUAGAGUUCUAUUCCCAUGGAAGCUUUACUUGGUAUGCAAAAAGGAUCUGGGGCCGUAGCCUGGCUUUGUUCUCAUAUUCUUGGGCUGUUCUAAUUCAUUCUUCUCAUACUCCCAUCUUCUGACACCUUCCCAAUAAAAAGUAGACUGAUAGGAUGGCCACAGAUAUGCCUACCAUACCCUACUUUAGAUGUGAUGUUAGAAGAUAAAGAACACUCUGAGAACUAUUGGAAUAGAGGUACAAGUGACAUAAAAUGGAAUGUAUGUUAUCUGGAAAUUUCUCUUGGUUUUGUCUUACUCAGGAUGCAGCGUGCUUUAAAAGGCCUUGUCAAAGGAGCCAUUCUGAACCUUCAUGUAGGGCUCUGUGAGAACUUACUGUUUGAGUGUGUGUCUAAACACUGCUAAUGGUAAAGAAAGUGUAACCAUUAGUAAUCAUUAGAUUUAACCCUAGAAAUGGUAUUAUCAUUACUACAUUAUGUCAUGUAAUGAUUUAGUAUUUUUCGCCAGAUUUCCAUAGUUUGCAAAGUGAUUUCGUAUAUCAGGCAGCAAUUCUAUGAAGUUAAUUAGGCAGGCAUUUAGCGGAAAAUUUUAGCAAUGAGAAUAUGGUUGCAUAGCAUAGCCAACUUGCCUCAACCCAUAGGACAAGUGACUACGAGAGGCAAUGGGUUUUCCACUACAUCGCACUGUCUCAGCUUUAGAAUUGUUGUUUCUGCUAUCAUAAGAGUCUAAAAUUUAGUAGUCACCUUAGCCCAAGGUGAGCAGAGUGAAGCUACAACAGAUCUUUCCUUUACCAGCAAAUUUUUUUUUUUUUUUCUGCCUGGAUCAGGGAGACCCCGGGUGCUACUCAGGCCUUACCCCAACCAAAUCCCCUUCUUCACUUUGCAGAGCCCAUCUUAGUGAAAUGUGCUAACUUCUAAAAAUAAUAAAUAGCACUUAAUUCAAAAUGUUUGGACUCUUAAAUUAGCUACACGCAGGUUCUUGUUGAAAGGUAUAUAACUUUACAUUGUAAAGAAAUUUAAAAUAUUUAUGGGUAUUUGUGAAAAGCUGCAUUAUGUUAAAUAAUAUAUGUAAAGCU